AUGGGUGAAAUUGAUCGAGAUCGCCUUCAAGUACCAUUUUCUCAACGGCCGAUUAUGAUUCUGGGCGCAGGAAUCAUCGGAUGUGCCACAGCCCGGCAGUUGCUCCUCAACGGCUUCCCGGUGGCGCUGGUGGCCGAAUAUCUACCGGGAGACCAAGAUAUUGAAUAUGCAUCGGCCUGGGCGGGUGCUGCGUGGCAUGCUGCAGGCGGCAUCACUUCGGACCAGCAAUAUCUUCAAGCCGUCACCCACCGCAUCUUGCUCAAGAUGGCCCAAGACGGUCCCGAGUCUGGCGUGAGCAUCGUGGAUGCGCGGGAAUAUCUGGAACAGGAACCAACUCCAAACUCAGCGAUUUGGGGGAAGACGGUAGUAUCCAAGUUUCGCGAGAUGAGCUCUGGGGAAUAUCCGUCGAACUUCCACUGUGCCUGGGCGUAUGAGACGCUGGUCACCGAUCCCACGCGACAUAUGCCAUAUUUGAGAAAACAAAUCACCUCGCUUGGCGGGCAGUUUAUUCGCCGUCGUGUCGGGUCGCUUCAGGAACUAUACGAUAUGUUCCCGGACUCGCGCGUCUUCAUCAACGCCAGUGGAUGGGGCAGCAAAGACCUAGCAGACGUGCAAGACGACCGCUGCUUUCCUGAGCGAGGACAAAAUGUGUUUCUUCAAACCGAGCAAUGCCACACCAUGUACUUCCGCAACGGCACCGAGUACACCUAUGUGAUUCCUCGGCCACUAUCCAAGGGGGUGGUCCUGGGAGGCGUGAAACAGCAAGAUAACCUAUCUCCCGAGGUGGACAUGGAUAUUGCCUGCGACGAGAUUGCUCGCGCCCAUCGACUGGCGCCGGAGAUUGUCCCUGCACAACCUGCCGAAGACACCGUGAGUCACAUCAUUGGAAUCCGACCCUCCCGCAAGGGUGGUUUUCGGCUGGACUCCCAGCGGAUCGGAAACCGCUCGGUGUUAUCAGCAUACGGGUUCGGCGGCGGAGGAUAUGCGUUUUCCUACGGGGUUGCGGACGCGCUGGUCACGAUGGUCGCGCAGGCAGAGCGCGAGAAUGUCAUUGAUGGUGGAAGGUCGCGUUGA